CCACGGCCGACCUACUUGUAGCGUCCCGGAUCACAAGUGCGCAUCAUGAGACCCUUAGUUAUUGCUUUUGUGGUAUUUGCCGGGACUGUCUAUUCAAAUAUGGCUCUUAUUGAAAAAUUGCAUAAUACUGGGCUCGCUAAAAACCCUCUUCAUAUUAGGGCUCUUCACAAACGAGAUAUUGAUAAGAGCGACAAUUCAGCGGAAAAUUUUUACAACUUCAUAGAAGAAAAAUUAAUGCAUCAAAAUCAAGCGUUGGAACAUUUGAUCACAUCUGUAGACAAUACUGGCGAUAUGAUCAAGAAACUAAUAGACAACUUAAGCAAGGGUCUUGAAAAACCAAAAAUGCCGACUAAAGCCGAACCAGAAAAGGUAUCAAAACAAAAAGUGAAUAUUAAUGCGAAUGAUCAUCCUAUAGUUAAACUUGGAAAGAAUAUUCCAAAGUAUGGCAGGCUAGCCAAAGACUUGCUCAUGAAGGAGGUCAUCAGUAGUACGGAUCCAACUCCCAUUAUUGAAGUAAAACCCACACCUUCCACGCCUGGAUCACGAAGAUUGCUUGAUGAUUCUACGGUUGGAUCGGAUCAGCAAAAUGAGGAACAUAAAGUUAAUCCCUGGUGUCCAAUAGCUUUACUUUGCCAAAAGAAAGAUGAUCCUGUUUGUGGAUUUGACGAAGAAUUUGGUUACGGUCGCUUCGAAGAUUUUUGUCAUUUACUACGCGUCAAUUGUUAUUGGAAAUAUAAUUUCUCCGUCGUUUCUUCGUGCCAACCGAAAUUAUGAGAUCAAAAGUAUUGUUAAUUGUAAUUAAUUAUAAAUUUUAGUUUUAGAAUAAAUUCAAGUGGUAUAUGAUUUCUUCUGUUCUUAUGUUCAUUAAGUAAAACAUUGGUUUACGUAUGAGAAGAAUUUUUAUAACAGCGGUACAUGUCU